GGAAGGAGUUUCAUCAUCCCGUUUAUAAAUUUAACCUUAAAGCGGUUUUAAAAAAUUUUUACACGAGUUAUUAGUGGUAAAGAAGGAUAAAGUGAGCUUGUAAGCGAAAUGCGCGUGAUCAUGAGUUUUGUAAAUGCAAAAUUAUUGCCAGUAUUUAGGCAUCGAACAUUAAUUACAAGGUCGCUUUGCAAAAAUCGACGAUUAAACGAACACUCAGGUUUUGGCCAAGUGAUAAUUUCAGAAGACAAUACAUUGCCAUUUUCAAGAUUUCUACGAAAAAAUCUACAUGAAUAUAAACAGAGUGUAGCCGCUAUAACUAUUAGAACUUUUUCUUCGCGUAAUCCUUCGGAUAAGGAUUCUGGUGACAAUAACACUGGGGUUCCACCAGAUGAUUAUCAAGCAGCUUUGCCAGCAACUGUAAUUGUACCAGAAGUAUGGCCGAAUGUACCAGUAAUAGCAAUAAAUCGUAAUCCAGUUUUUCCAAGAUUUAUAAAAUUAUUAGAAUUAUCAAAUGCCAUUCUCAUAGAUUUAAUAAAGCGCAAAAUUUCACUCAAUCAGCCAUACGUGGGUAUUUUUUUAAAAAAGAAUGAAGAAAACGAGUCGGAUGUUAUGGAUAAUUUAAAUGACAUUUAUUCAGUUGGAACUUUUGCACAAAUACAUGAAGUACAAGAUUUAGGAGAUCGCAUGAGACUCGUAGUAAUGGCACAUAGGAGAAUUAAAAUAGUAGGACAGAUUAUAGAAGAUAUAAGCGUAAAGCCUCCUGAGACAAAACAGAUGAAAUUGAAGUUUCCUCUAUUAAAUACAACAAUUACCGUUCCUGUAGACGAAACAGUGGCUGUUGGGAAAAAAAAUCGUAGAGAAUUAAGGAGAAAAAGAAUAGAAAUUAAACAAGCUGAUCGUUCUGAGAAAAGUGAAGUGCCUGCACCUUCUGUUGACAAAAGUAUUGCAGUCAUUGCACCAACUGAAGAAGAGAGUGAAUCGAAUCCUCAGAAAGAAUCUGUAGUACAGCCUUUACUAAUGGUUGAAGUUGUAAAUGUCACGCACGAAAAAUUUAGACAAACGGAAGAAAUAAAGGCUUUAACUCAAGAAUUGAUAAAGACAAUCAGAGAUAUUAUAAGUAUGAAUUCUUUAUAUCGUGAAUCAUUACAACAAAUGCUCCAUCAAGGCCAAAGGAUUGUCGACAAUCCAGUAUAUUUAAGUGAUUUAGGAGCUGCUCUAACUGGAGCUGAUGGACAUGAAUUGCAAGCAGUUUUAGAAGAAAUAGAUAUUACUAAAAGGUUAAGACUAUCUUUAGCACUUUUAAAAAAAGAAUAUGAAUUGAGUAAGUUACAACAAAAAAUAGGUCGAGAAGUUGAGGAAAAAGUUAAACAACAGCAUAGAAAAUACAUUUUGCACGAACAAUUGAAAAUUAUUAAAAAAGAACUUGGACUUGAAAAAGAGGAUAAAGAUGCAAUCGAAGAAAAAUAUAGAGAGCGAAUUAAGGGUAAGGUUGUACCUGAAUCUGUCAUGGAAGUAAUAAAUGAAGAAUUGACUAAAUUAAGCUUUUUAGAAAGCCAUAGUAGCGAGUUCAAUGUAACAAGAAAUUAUCUUGAUUGGUUAACGUCAAUACCAUGGGGCAUCACGAGUAUUGAAAAUUUAGAGAUUCAAAAGGCAAUCACAAUUCUUGAUGAAGAUCAUUACGGGAUGGAGGACAUUAAAAAAAGAAUUUUAGAAUUUAUUGCCGUUAGUCAAUUAAAAGGAUCUACACAAGGAAAGAUUCUUUGUUUCCAUGGACCUCCUGGAGUUGGAAAGACAUCAAUAGCCAAAUCAAUAUCUCGAGCAUUAAGCAGAGAAUAUUUUCGAUUCAGUGUUGGCGGUAUGACUGAUGUUGCUGAAAUCAAAGGGCAUAGAAGAACUUAUGUAGGAGCAAUGCCAGGAAAAAUUAUUCAGUGUUUGAAGAAGACAAAAACGGAAAAUCCAUUAGUUCUAAUAGAUGAAGUAGAUAAAAUUGGAAAAGGCCAUCAAGGUGAUCCAUCGUCAGCUCUUCUCGAGAUGCUCGAUCCAGAGCAGAAUGCAAACUUUCUUGAUCACUACCUGGAUGUGGCAGUGGAUUUGUCAAAGGUUCUUUUUAUCUGCACUGCCAACGUAAUCGAUACUAUUCCCGAGCCGCUGCGCGAUCGUAUGGAAAUGAUCGACAUGUCGGGCUACGUGGCCGAAGAGAAGCUUGCAAUCGCCAAGCAAUAUCUUGUGCCCCAAUCAAUGAAAGAAUGUGGCCUCUCGAAUAACCAAAUUCACAUCGACGACAACGCCUUGAGUGUCCUCAUAAAGUCCUACUGUCGUGAAUCCGGGGUGAGGAAUCUGCAGAAGCAUAUCGAGAAGGUUCAUCGCAAGGUUGCCUUCAAGGUAAUCAAGAAAGAAGCCGAGAAGCUGGACGUAACCACCAACAACUUGAUAGACUUCGUGGGCAAACCAAUAUUUACGCACGAUAGGAUGUAUGAAGUUACGCCACCAGGAGUUGUGAUGGGACUUGCCUGGACGGCCAUGGGUGGCUCCACACUCUUCAUCGAAACAACGCUAAGCAAACCAAAUCUGAUAUCUAAGAAAAACGAAGGCACCUUCCAGAUAACCGGUCACUUGGGAGAUGUGAUGAAAGAGUCGAUUAGAAUAGCCAUGACUGUGGCUCGAAACUACAUACAGAAAAUUGAACCCACCAACACUUUACUGAAUGACGCUCAUUUGCACAUUCACAUACCCGAGGGUGCGACACGCAAAGACGGACCGAGCGCAGGUGCGACUAUAGCAACAGCUUUCUUGUCACUUGCGAGAAAUAAAGCCAUACGUCAGGACAUCGCAAUGACUGGCGAAUUGAGUCUGAUGGGUAAAGUCUUGCCUGUCGGUGGCAUUAAGGAGAAGACCAUUGCGGCCAAACGCGUGGGAGUAAAAUGUAUAAUACUACCUGAAGAAAACAAGAAAGAUUUUGAAGAUUUGCCGAAAUAUAUCACAGACGGACUUGAAGUUCACUUUGUUAACAAUUUUAACGAUAUUUACAGGAUAUGUUUCGCUGAUAACGAUAGUCAUUUAUCUUCUAUGAAGCAAAAUGAUGAUUUAAUAACAAGCUUUGAUUCUAAAUUACAGAAACCACUUUAUGCAUAAAGAUCGUCAUUGGAUUAUUUAAUAUUUUCAUUUAAUUUAAGUUUUAAUAAGUACUUCUAUAU